CCCUUACCCUAACAACCAACAACCAACUAUUUUCACCCCUUUUGUUCUUUUUAUCUUCAGUUGGAGAUGAAUGAACGCAAAUGGAGAUGUCACUGUAAAAUUUAAAAAGAAGAAAUUUAGAUCCAAAACCCACGGAGGCCACAGCUUUCACCGAAACUUCUCAGUUUUUUUAUGGCUGCUUUAAUUUCAUUGACCGGUGAGACUCAGUUCAUUCACAGUGUGUGUGCAAUUGUAGUAAAGGGUCAGUGGAGCAACCUCUUGAAACCCAACAAUGAUUCUCUUCUCAGCUCGGCAACCAUUCACCAGGUACUACUGCAACUCUCAUUCCAUGGCUAUGGCCUUUCUCCUUCCUGGGCUUUCUUCAAAUGGGUCGAAUCACUUCCCUCUUGCAAGCACUCCUUGCAAUGUUCUUGGACUAUGAUUCACAUCCUCACCAAGCACACGCACUUCAAACCUGCACACCAACUGCUUGAAAAAAUUGCCCUUAAGGAUUUCUUGUCCUCUCCGUCGGUUUUGAAUGCUUUGGUUCGGACCAAUGAUGACCGUGAUGUGAAUUCACAUGUUUUGAGCUGGCUUGUGAUCUUUUAUGCUAAUUCUAAGAUGACCCAAGAUGCAAUUCAGGUUUUGGAGCUCAUGAGGAUUCAUGGGUUUAAGCCCCAUUUGCAUGCUUGUACUGCCUUAUUGAGUUCUUUGGUUAAAGGUAGGAUGACUAAUAUGGUAUGGAAAGUUUACAAGAAUAUGAUCAAGGCCGGGGUUGUGCCAAAUGUUCAUUUGUACAAUGUGUUGAUUCAUGCUUGUUGCAAGUCUGGGGAUGUAGAGAAGGCAGAGAGUUUGCUGAGUGAGAUGGAAUUCAAGUGUGUCUUUCCUGAUCUUUUCACAUAUAAUACGUUGAUAUCGCUGUAUUCUAAAAGGGGUAUGCACUACGAAGCUUUGUCUGUUCAGGAUAGAAUGGAAAGAGCAGGAGUUAGCCCUGACAUGGUGACAUACAAUUCUCUUAUGUAUGCGUUUUGUAGAGAAGGUAGGAUGAGGGAGGCUGUAAGACUUUUUCGUGAAAUCAAAGGUGCUACUCCGAACCAUAUAAGUUACACCACAUUAAUUGAUGGGUAUUGUAGAGUGAAUGACCUGGAAGAAGCUUUAAGGUUGUGCGAGGUAAUGAAGGCCAAGGGACUGUAUCCAGGAGUUGUUACUUAUAAUUCAAUUCUUCGCAAGUUGUGUGAACAAGGCAGGAUGAGGGAUGCAAAUAAACUUUUGAAUGAGAUGAGUGAUAGGAACGUUGAACCUGACAAUGUCACAUGUAACACAUUGAUUAAUGCUUAUUGUAAGAUAGGAGAUAUGAGGUCUGCUGUCAAUGUGAAGGACAGGAUGUUGGCAGCUGGACUGAAGCUGGAUGAGUUUACAUAUAAAGCACUCAUUCAUGGAUUUUGCCAGGUUCUGGAGAUGGACAGUGCUAAGGAUAUUUUAUUUAGCAUGCUUGGUGCAGGAAUUUCUCCUAGUUAUUGCACCUAUACAUGGAUUAUAGAUGGUUACUGUAACCAGGGGAAUGAAGCAGCAGUUAUAAGACUACCGGAGAAAGGUCUUUGUGCUGAUGUCUCUAUGUACAGGGCAUUAAUAAGAAGGUUAUGUAAACGUGAAAGGGUUGAUGAAGCGGAAAAGGUUUUCAAUCUUAUGCGAGAGAAAGGUAUAUCAGGAGACAGUGUAAUAUAUACUAGUCUUACAUAUGCUUACCUGAAAGCAGGAAAGUCCUGUGUAGUUUCAGCGAUGCUAGAUGAAAUGUACAAGAAGAGGUUGAUGGUGACACGCAAGAUCUAUAGAUCUUUUAGUGCUUCUUAUGCCAGUGAUAAUGAUAUCAUACGCCUGUUUUGGGAUCAUAUGGUAAAGAGAGGCCUAAUGUCAAAAAAUGUUAUUACCAAGGAAAUGCAGCAAACAUAAAUGAACGAUGCAAUGUCACCGGGAGCCUGCUUAUAGGUUCAAUAUUUCAUGCUAUAGCACAAACCUCUCUGCCUGUGAAGGGUGUUGGAGACUGGUAUUGACCGGGGCACCCAAAGGUGUAUGGGACUGCUGAAGAAUCCAAGAGACUAGUAAGUGCUUGUUGAGUAAUUUUGCUGGUCAAGUGAGGUUUUUUGGUCCCUCAUGUUGUUGAUGACCAAGUACGUUUAUGAUAUAUGAUCAGUCUUUAGUGGGAUUUGAUCAGGAAACAAAUCUCGUCAUGCCACUUUUAUCUAUUGGAAUUGCUCUCUACUACCAUUUGGAGUAACUUAACAGAUAUACUGAUUUUGCUGAGGCUUUCUGAGGCAUCAACACAACUAACCAGGGUGUGCUGGUUAACUAAGGAUGGGCGGUAUAAAUUACAGGAAACCAGCGGUUUUGGGCUGUGGUGAGAUGGUUUGGUAAUUGUAUGAAGAGCUGCAUUGUUGUCCGUGCGGUUGAACAAUCCAUCAUGCUGCAGUUUUAAGGUGACAAGUUCAUCUGCACUUCUGGUUUGGCAUAUGUGAAGCUCAAACAACGGAAGCUACAUACGGCAGUCAGUGUUUAUAGUUGAGGCGAUUUGAUACCUUCAAGGCCAUGCCUAGUUGUUGGAAGCACCGUGACCCACUGGUCUAACUCCAUGUUUGGUGAUUCAAGGAUGUCCUUCCAUGGAACCUGUGUCCUGCCCAAGAGUUGUGACCCUCCAAUCCUUCCAAAAACCGGCACAGUGCUCCUCCAGCG